GCUCCCCGAAGCACCCCACCCUGACGACGUUGACAAAAGACGCAUUUGCCAUUGCCUUUCUCAUCAUACAGUAUACAUUGUUUUCAAGCCGUCUCAUUGAUUCAUCAUCGUCCCAUCAUCAUCCCAUCAUCAGAAGUCAGUAAAGAUGUCGCAACAUUCAUAUGCAUCAGAGUAUCCACAGGGGGUCGAGGCAGAAGAGGGUAUUAAAGAGUUUUUUGAGGCAUUUUAUAAAUUGAGUGAUACAGAGGAAAAGCACGAGGAAUAUGCAAAUCAAUUUGCUGAAGAUGCGGAGGUAGUCAUGGGGAUUAAGAGGGUUAAGGGGAAAGAAGAAAUUCUGGCUUUCAGAAAGGGCAUGUGGGAAAAGGUAGCAAGUCGUUUGCAUACGGCUCACAAGAUCUUUCCCUUUGGAAAGGGAUCGACGGAGGUUAUGCUGUUUGGAGUCGUGGCUUAUGGAUUGAAAGAUGGGAGAAAGGCCGAUGUUGAAUGGGCCGGACGGGCCAAAAUGGUUCAAGAGGGUGGAAAGUGGAAAUUAGGAUUUUAUCAAGUUUAUCUGGAUUCGGCUGCUGUGCAGAAUGCCAAAUAAGGUUGGAAACCCAAAAAUGGAAGGGGCGCGUGGAUGAGGAUUUCGGAUGAAUAGGGGGUUUUACAUAGAUGGAUAUAAAAUACAACUAUAUUAGACUUCAUAUUAAACUAUAGUUGGACGAAAGCAAUGUGGACUUCUAAAGUUCA